AUGGCGCCAGGAUCAACGACCCUGACGAGUCUUCUGCUAUUGCUGAUGGCGAUCGCGAGGGUCUCGUUGACGAGGAACAUCCUCGAGAGGACCGAAUCGCCGUUUCUAAAGAUUCUGAGGGGUGUCAAGCUACCGGGUGGCUAUAUGGAAGUGAUCCAGGAAGAUUAUUGUUCGCAUGGUGUGGUUCGAUUGACGUGCAGGUCCCUGAAAGCGUUCAUUUUCGUGUUGGAAGCCCAGUAUCUGUCGAAUACGACGAGCAUGUGCGGUUACCAGUCGCAGAAAUUCAUGGAGAAGAAGAUGUACAAAAGUCGAGGUAGCAUCUUGACGUUGAAGAGGAAGGAACUGAAGGGGAAUUACAUCGACGAUCCUGAUGAGCAACGAUUUGGAGCAGUGGAUGUUAGGCAGUCGUUGAAUAAAAGAUGUUCUGGCCAGAAACACUGUCGUUACAAUUUCACCACCGACCAUCCAGGCGCCAUUUAUUGGAACCCUGCCACCUUGCGACUAAAGUAUUCGUGUAUUCCGGAGUCAGCAGUGAGGAAAUAUUGCAACGAAGAGUUGAAGGUAGUACCGGGUGAGGGCGGUUUCAUAAAUUCACCCGGUUACCCGUUAUACUAUCUUGGGGAGAAUACGUGCGGAUGGACCUUCAGAUCUGCUCCUGGGCACAGGAUCCUCCUAACGUUCCACGACCUGGAUAUCCGGGGACCGGAACCGGAUGGAAGUUGCGUAGACAUCGUUAGGGUGCGUGAAAAUGGAAGAACGCUACUCGAAUAUUGCGGUACCGCGGCUGGCAUCAAGGUCGUCUCGAACUCGAACGUGAUUACCCUCAACCUUGUCGCCUCGAAGAGGCUAUACACGGCACGUGGAUUCUUCCUGCAGUAUCAAGUGCUGGGUUGUCCGGAUGUCUCGGCGCCAAACGGAAGUUACAUAUUGAAUGGCACCUCUCUGACCUCGAGGACGUUUCUGUGCAAAUUGGGCACCGUGUUCCCCGACAGCAAAGAAAAGACGAGGAUACUCGAGUGCAAGAACGGCAAGUGGAACGAGAGUGUCAUCAGCAUACCUAGUUGCACAGCCACGUCAGCGGUAAUUCUGAAGACAGAACACGACCACCAUCGGUUGUCCAGCCUUUCUGGGGACAACGUCCUUGGCUCGGGGGUUAGAAUCGGUCGGGGUGAGGACGCAGUCGCGGUUGGCAACGGGAACGUUAUGGAUUCGGCGCAAUCAGCCAUGAUGAAGCAAACAGACUACGUCGUAGACAUCGUCUUGCCGGCCGUCCUAAUCGCCCUGCUAUUCGUCGGCAACGCCAUCAUCGUGUACAUUAUCUUUCAGUAUAGAAAGAGGAAAGUUCCAUCAAUGGAGCAGGGCGAGGAAAUGGCGCUGCGGAACGCGGCGGAAGUGCCGCAGGUGUGACUCAAGUGAUGAUCGACGAUUAUAAAUUCACGGUGCCAGCUAAAAAGCGUCAGCGAGAAGGCCUACGUUGCAUUUUUUCUACGAGAAUGAUCUCCAAGAAAAUGGAUCUCUAAAACGAGGAAGAUCGUCGUAGGAGACGGUCGAAGGAUCCUCGAAAAAAAAAAAAAAAAAAAAA